AUGAGUUGCAUGCUGACCUAUGCUGUCACAAAGCUCCCUGCUUCCUCAGCAUGGGCUGCCAGGGGCUUUGCUCGGUCACUCAGCUGCUCUCCUCUGUUACAAGCUGCAGCGGUCCAGCCUAAGAGUAAGAAGACCUUAGCCAGAAAUGGUGUGAAGAAUGUUGUUGUGGUGGAGGGUGUCCGUAUUCCAUUUUUGCAGUCUGGCACCACGUAUGCGGAUCUUAUGCCACAUGACCUAGCAAGAGCAGCACUGCAGGGGCUUCUGGACCGGACCAGCAUCCCAAGGGAUGUUGUGGAUUACAUUGUUUAUGGCACAGUUAUCCAGGAGGUGAAAACGAGUAAUGUGGCCAGAGAGGCUGCCUUGGGAGCUGGUUUCUCUGACAAAACUCCAGCCCAUACAGUCACCAUGGCUUGCAUUUCUUCAAACCAGGCUAUGACCACAGGCCUGGGUAUGAUUGCGGCUGGACAGUGCGACGUCGUUGUAGCGGGGGGUGUGGAGUUAAUGUCAGAUGUUCCCAUUCGACACAGUAGGAAGAUGAGGAAGACAAUGCUGACUCUUAACCGAGCCAAGACCUUGGGCCAAAAGCUCGCCCUGAUUUCCAAAAUUCGCCCUGACUACUUUGCUCCUGAGCUCCCAGCGGUGGCAGAGUUCUCCACCAGCGAGACCAUGGGGCAUUCUGCUGAUCGUUUGGCUGCUGCCUUUGCCGUAUCCCGUUUGGAGCAGGAUGAAUACGCCCUCCGUUCACACACACUAGCUAAGAAAGCCCAGGAGGGAGGGUUGCUGCUGGAUGUGGUGCCCUUCAAAGUGCCAGGCAAAGAAACAGUUACCAAAGAUAACGGGAUCCGUCCUUCCUCAUUGGAGCAGAUGGGCAAGCUAAAGCCGGCUUUUGUCAAGCCUUACGGAACCGUCACAGCUGGCAACUCCUCCUUCCUGACGGAUGGUGCCUCGGCAGUUCUGCUCAUGUCUGAGGAGAAGGCUCUGGCACUGGGCUACAAACCGAAGGCCUACCUAAGGGACUUCGUGUAUGUGUCACAAGAUCCAAAGGACCAGCUGCUACUGGGUCCAACCUAUGCUACUCCCAGAGUGCUGGAGAAGGCAGGUCUGACCAUGGCUGAUAUCGAUGUCUUUGAAUUCCAUGAAGCUUUUGCUGGGCAGAUCCUGGCUAACCUGAAGGCUAUGGAUUCAGACUGGUUUGCACAAAACUACAUGGGCAGGAAGUCAAAGGUUGGAGUCCCUCCUCUGGAGAAGUUUAAUACCUGGGGCGGUUCCCUCUCACUGGGCCAUCCUUUUGGUGCCACUGUCUGCCGGCUGGUCAUUACUGCUGCCCACAGGUUGAAGAAGGAGGGAGGACAGUAUGGCCUGGUUGCUGCCUGUGCAGCAGGAGGGCAGGGGACCGCGAUGUUAGUGGAGCUUUACCCUCAGUAGUGGGACAAGGGACUGCUGAGUGGGUAUUCAUCCAUCCUGUGCCUGGCAGUGCCAUUUCAAUGCACUAAUGAAAAUAUCCUAUAAUCCUUCUCAGAAAGGGGUUUUGGUGGCCUUUGUAGAUAAAUCUCUUUUAGCUACUCAGCUGGUAAUUUUCAACUAAUGAAUGCACAUUAAGAACUAUUCCACUUCCAGGAGAGUAGAAGUUAAGGUAACUUUUAGCUUCUCGUGGCUCC